AAGGCUUCUCCGGAGUUCUAGCAGUUUGGAUUGAACGUUAAACGGUUUUCACUGUUUAUAACAUUCUGUUUUCCUUCCAUGGCUUCUGCUGCAUUGUCCAGCCACUCUCUCUUCUUCUCCCCUCGCCUCUCUGCGUUUCAGAAAUCCUUAAAAUCCCUAAAAUUCAAAACCCCAAAUCUCCAAUCCAUCCGUUAUUCUAAACUCUGUAAAUAUACCUCCGAUCUAGGGUUUACAAGCUUUGCUUCUUCUACAGUCUCCCAGCGUUCCAUCAAGUCCUUUCUCAGAGCCGAUGGUUCUGACUCUAGCGUGAUUGAUGGAAAAGAGGAUAAUCAGACCGUUGAGAAGAAAUCUGAAGGUGAAACAGCUCAGAAGAAUGUAUCCAAUCUGAAGACUCUCAUUAAAGUUUAUAAGGAGGCUAUUCUAGAUGGGGAUGAAAAAACUGUGUCCGAGAUAGAGGCAAUGAUAUAUAUCAUAGAAAAUGAGAAGAAUGAGUAUGGCCAGAAAGUUGCCACGUUAUCAGCCGAUAUAAUUUCUGGGAAAGACAAAUAUCUCAGAUUAAAAGCAGAUUUUGAAAAUUUUAGAAAACGUUCUGAUAAAGAACGUCUUACAUUGACAUCUGAUGCCCAGGAAGAAGUAAUUAGUAGCCUUCUGCAAAUAGUGGAUAAUUUUGAGAGAGCCAAGCAACAGAUUAGGCCAGAAACAGAGAAGGAGAAAAAGAUUGACACAAGCUAUCAGGGUAUAUACAAGCAAUUUGUAGAGAUCAUGAGAAGCAAACAAGUGGCUGUUGUGCCAACAGUCGGAAAGCCGUUUGAUCCUUCACUUCAUGAGGCCAUAGCUCGUGAAGAGUCACAAGAGUUCAAGGAAGGCAUUAUAAUCCAAGAAGUUCGUCGGGGCUUCCUUAUUGGCGGUAGACUUCUCAGACCAGCCAUAGUUAAAGUCUCUUCAGGCCCAGGUCAUAAGAAAACAUCCGAUACAGCAGAGAGGUCCACAGAGCAACCCACAGCAGCAGUUGAUUAGUUGAUUUUUUUAUGCGCUUCAGAUAACAUUUUUGCUGCUGCUGCUACUGCAACUGCAUGGAUCGGAAUACUUACCUUUCUUGUAGACACAUUGUGGAUGAGGAUGUUGAAUUGGUCACUUCCAGUGGAGUUUAUACUCGUAUCUAGUAGGCAUCACAUCUUGCUUGUCUCAAGAGCUCUUAUCUUUACUGCUCAGGUUUUCAGUGUAUCUGGUGGGAGGUAGAUGCAAGUUCUGGAGUAAAAGCUACUAUCCCUCCCUGCUUAGAGUAGGAGCAGGAAGGAGGGAAUCGGUGUCCUGAACCCCUCAACCAGCCCUGUUGUUUACUUGGCCUGAGCAUUUUGUGUGCCACUCUUUUUAUUUAUUAUUUGAUAACCUUAUUAACCAGGCAGAAUCUGCUUGGUUAUUCUGGGAUCUUAGCAUACCUUCAUACACGACAAUUUUAUUUAGGAUUGGGCAAAAUAAAGCAGUACUGUAAUUUGAUCACUUGUAUUGAUGCAAGAGAUUCUUGUGUCUAGGCCAGUCA